UUUCUUCUCCAUUGUGACAAGCACAACACCACUCUCACUGGAAAUAGCAAAUAGCAGGAAAGGGGACAGCCUGAGAAGUUUUAUUUUUUUUGAAAUCAGACAGCCUGAGAACUAGUAGAGAGAGAUGUUAAAAGAAUAGUUUUUGUUUCUUUAGCGAAAUCCCAGAGAAGUAGAAAACGAUGUCUGAGGGGUAUUCACACUUUUGCAACCUGCAACUAUAGGAGGGUAUGCACAUGUAUACUCCAUUUGAUAAAGCUGUAUCCUUUUUUUCUGUGUGUGACCACAAUUUUUUUUACUACUAUACUGUAUUUUAUUUUAUUUUCCAUAAAAAACAUAAAAAAUAAAUAAACAUAAAGCACUAAUAUAUGAUGCUCUCUCUUUUACUUCUCACUUCCCUUUCCAUUCUUCUCCUUCAUUUCAAUCUUCUUCUCUAUCUAUCUUCAAUUCCUUCAUGAUCGAUCAAUACAUAUAUAAUUCCUCCAUGUCAUAGCUCCAAUUGUUGAAGAAGCAGAUAAUUCUUCUAUGUCACAAGGUUUUCAUCAAAAUAUUUUCAGUUUCUCGAAUGGAUUGGAGGGAUCGCAGAUCCGAGGUGAUAAGCAAGGCGUAGAUAUGGAAGAAGACGGGCUCCCAAGCUACGAUAGCGGCUGUAUAUUAUCGGAGAUGUUCAAUUUCUCCUCCGGCGCCACGGCUGCAGAAUUGCUGCCGAGGCCGGCGGAGUGGAAUUCGAAGAGCCAGAGCGCAGUAAACGACACCGGAUCCUUCAAUCCCGAUCCAGCCGCAGCCAUGCAGCUUUUCGCGAUGAGAUCGGAGGCUUCUCCAUCCCUUCAAAACCCUUCCUCCUUGUUCCAGGCGGGAGGGGCUUUUGGUCAUUUCACAUGGCCUCCCAACCCUAACGGAGCUGCAGAAAGUCUCUCUCUGUCGCUGUCUUCUUCGGCGGAGGAUAUGAGGCUCGGAUUGCUCUUUGGGGCAUCUGCUCCGCCGCCGCAGUAUAACCAGAGCCGCCAAAUAGGUUUGGGGUCAUUGAGUAAUUCCAAAUACGCUAAGGCGGCGCAGGAUUUGUUGGAAGAGUUCUGUAGUGUUGGUAGGGGCCAGGUGAAGAAGGACAGGAACAAGGACGCCAAAAAAACAAGUGGCGGCGGUGAUGCUUCGUCUUCUUCUAGAGAUCCGCCUCCUUUAUCGGCUUCGGAUAGGCUCGAGCAUCAAAAGAGAAAGGUCAAACUAUCAGCCAUGCUUGAUGAGGUGGACAAAAGGUACAACCACUACUGCGAGCGGAUGCAGAUCGUGGUGAACUCAUUCGACAUGGUAAUGGGGUUCGGCGCGGCGGCGCCGUACACCACCCUGGCGCAGAAGGCGAUGUCGCAGCAUUUCCGGUGCCUGAGGGAGGCCGUGGCCGAGCAGCUGGGGGAGAAGGACGGCACGAAAUCGGGGCUCACUAAAGGCGAGACGCCGCGGCUCAAAUUCUUGGAGCAGAGCCUGCGGCAGCAGCACGCCGCCUUCCACCACAUCGACCAAGACGCGUGGCGGCCGCAGCGAGGCUUGCCACAGCGCUCUGUCACCAUUCUGAGGGCUUGGCUCUUCGAGCAUUUUCUGCACCCGUAUCCAAGCGACGCAGAUAAGCACCUACUUGCGAGACAGACGGGUCUAUCAAGAAACCAGGUGGCAAAUUGGUUCAUAAAUGCAAGGGUCCGCCUCUGGAAACCCAUGGUCGAAGAGAUGUACCUACAAGAAGCCAAAGACCAAGAUCACCAACCUCUCCCCACUACCACUUCUCCGCCUCCUUCUACAACCAACCACCCUUCAUUUAACACCUCAGAUAAUCAGCCGCAGUGCUUUCCGGCGAUUGAGUCCGACUUUAUUAGGUUUGGGACGACUUCGGGUGACGUCUCCCUUACGCUAGGGCUACGUCACUCCGGGGAAGAUUUCUUUCCCGCUUAGUUAAAUUAAUGCUAAACAUGGAAAAAACAUAUACUCUGAGUCGGCGCGUAGGAACUAGUGUUAGAGGUGCCAGGAGAUUAAUUAGUCUCAUGAGUCUUAUUGUUAAUUGUAUAGUUUGAGUUUAUAUUCUCAUUUCCGAUCAUAUCCCUAUGAAAUGAAUGUCAUGUGUCUUCGCUUCCUAUACUAUAUAAUAAUACAUCACUUUGCAUUAUCAUUUUUAA